GAGAUGCAAGUCCGCCAGAGUCUACCCGAGAUUAUCAUUACAACCAAAGACGACUACCAGCUAAAGGACUCCAAUCAAACAUUCAGCUCUGACAAGAAUCACACCAAAUCUGAGGCCAAGGGCACCUAUCGUGGAGGUGAGGAGAGCAGUGGUGCAGAGCCCAAGGAUGGUCCCCAUGACUGCCCUCACAAGAAGACCCAGAGCAUCGGUCAUAGGCUGGUCCGGCGAAGGGCGCUGUUUGAGAGGAGGCAGAGGCUGAAUGACUGUGCGCUCGCUGUGGGGAUGUUUGGAGUGGUGGUCAUGGUCACCGAGACAGAGCUCUCCUGGAGCGUCUACAGUAAGAGCUCCAUAUACUCCGUGGCUAUGAAGUCUAUUAUCAGCCUGUCCUCUCUUAUCCUGCUGGGCCUGAUCAUUGCCUACCACAUCUGUGAGGUGCAGCUCUACAUCCACGAUAACGGAGCAGAGGACUGGCGAAUCGCCAUGACAAUGGAACGAGUGACUCUGAUCGCCCUGGAGCUGUUUGUAGCGGUGGUGCAUCCGUUCCCGGUGGGUCUCCCAUUGUCAUGGCAAGCCAUGUCCCCCACGCUGUCAGAGACGGAGCUCGAGAUUGUGCUGGCUCUGCCCAUGUUCCUGCGACUCUACCUCCUGGGUCGUGCCUUGAUGCUGCACAGCCGACUUUACACAGACACGGCCUCGCGCAGCAUUGGCGCCCUCAACAAGAUCCACUUCAACAGCCGUUUUGUGGUCAAAGCGCUGAUGACCAUCUACCCUGGCACUGUGUUGAUGAUCUUCAGCGUCUCUCUGUGGCUCAUCGCUGCAUGGGGCCUUCAUGUCUGUGAGAGACACCACAACUAUAAGGACCUGAGCAGUAACUACAUGGAGGCCCUGUGGAUGGUCUCGGUCACCUUCUUGUCCAUUGGUUAUGGGGAUGUUGUUCCCCACACCUACUGUGGCCGCAGCAUCUGUCUACUCACUGGGAUCAUGGGGGCUGGUUGCACAGUGCUGGUGGUUGCCGUGGUUGCCAGGAAACUGGAGCUGACCAGGGCAGAGAAACACGUCCACAACUUCAUGAUGGAUUCCCACUUUACAAAAGGGAUAAAAAUUGCUGCAGCAAAUGUACUGAGAGAGACCUGGAUGAUCUACAAACACACCAAGCUGGCCAGGGAGAGAGACCACUGCAGAGUGCGCAUGCACCAGAGGAAGCUGCUGCUCGCAAUCCACCGGCUGCGUGAUGUGAAGAUGGAAAGGAGGAAAUUGGCUGACCAGGCCAACACGCUGGUGGAUCUCUGCAAGAUGCAGAAUCUGAUGUAUGACGUGCUGUCAGAGGUGAGUGGAUGCCGAGGGGACCUGGAAAAACACACAAACAGUCUGCAGCAGAAUGUGGAGGAGCUGAGAGAAGGCUUUAGGACCCUAAUGCCCCUCCUCUCUAGCACCCUCGCCACACAAAAUGCUUCCAUCCGCCACCUGCUCAGGGAGAGGGAGGAGCAGGCAGUGACAUGGAGCAUGGCAGGGCAGGAUAGGUAAGAUGGCAAGAGGUAUGCAAUGUGUAUUGUUACAGGGAAAGGUAGAAAGAAAUUGAUGGGCAAAAGUUGGGAUGAGGAUCUUCAAAAUAUACUUUAUAGGAAUAACUGUUCAAAGUGUACGUAAAGAAUGUGUCAAAGCAAUAAGGGAUGGAUUUUAUUUUUAUUAGAAUUAUGAGCCAACAUCCAGACUAUAUUCAGUACUGAUAAGUGACCCCCCAAAAAAAAAACCUUGGUGAUACUAGUCUUGAUUUUAACAUUCUCAGAAUUAAACAAAAAAUGUGUUAGCCAGCAUGUGCACUGAAUGUUCUGCGCGUUGUAACUAAUGUAUUGUCAUGAUAGUAUGUGGUGUACAGUAUAAAACCAUGUCCAGUAAUAACCAAAUCUGUUACUUAAUUGUAUAAUUUACAGUAAACAUUAAUAAAGUUACAUCUUUGUCAUGA